GUCGCGCGCUCUCCCCGUUCUCCAAGUCCUCAGCGCCAGGACCCCGCGCUCCGCGGACGGCGGUCCUGACGGAAUCAGGAGGAACCGGGAGGUCUGGGCGACAGCGGCAGGGGCCUGAGCCACGAAGUCCGGGGGGAGCCUGUUCUCGUCCCGCCCAAGACCUCGCGCCUCCCGCGCCCGUCCGGGAAGCCCAGCGCUCGCCCAUGGCUCGGCUCCGGGACCUCAGGGGACCUGCGCGGAAGCCGUCGGAGCCGCUGGAGCGCGACCUGGGCGGAGGCGGCAGGCCGGGUUGAGACGGGGGCGUGGCCUCUGGGGUGUGCUUCUGCUUAGGGUUCAUUUACCCUCUUCACCACGCUGAGACAGAGCCUUUCUGCUGACUGAAAUGGUGUUGUUUGUUGACGAUGCCAUCGCAAACUCGUUUAGAGAGAAGCCCGCGCUUAAUUUGGACAGCACACCGAACCAGAAGAGAGUGCAGCUGGAUUCACAACCCCAGAGUGGGAAUGAGGGCAAGUUAAUGAAGCCCGCAGCCGAGGGCAAACCAAGACCCAGACCUGGAGACCUGAUUGAGAUUUUCCGAGUUGGCUAUGAGCACUGGGCCAUCUAUGUGGAAGACGACUGUGUGGUCCAUCUGGCUCCCCCAAGUGAGGACUUUGAGGUUGGCAGCAUCACUUCUGUUUUUAGCAACCGUGCAGUUGUAAAAUACAGUCGUCUGGAGGAUGUGCUGCACGGCUGCUCUUGGACAGUCAACAACAAGCUGGAUGGGACAUACUUGCCCUUGCCUGUGGACAGGAUCAUCCAUCGCACAAAGAAGAUGAUCAACAAGAUCGUGCAGUACAACCUGAUUGAGGGGAACUGCGAGCACUUUGUCAACAGCCUCAGAUAUGGUGUUCCCAGGAGCCAGCAGGUGUGGCCCCUGGCCUGGUUGUGGCUCCUCGUGGAGCUUUCUUGGGCUGUGCCAACUCCUCAGUCACCAGAACAGCCAUUACUGGUCCUACUGUGUUUCCUGCUGUGCUUCUGUUCCUACAGACCUGGGUGGUUCAGGAGGCAUCUACCCCUCCAUUUCCCCUUGAAGGAGUAGGAAAAGCAUUGGCCUAAUAGGAAGUCUGCCUGGUUGGAGUCCCGGUUCAGUCAUUAUUGAGGGUCCCCUUGGCGAAGGUGCUGUUUCUGAGAUUGUUUCUUCCUUUACAAAGUGGGGAUAGAUGGAGGUAGAUACUUUGUCAUAAAAGUUGCAAACUUGGAGCCCAUGGGGCAUCUCACAUAUACUAUUGUUUUUUGAGUUUGAGUUACUUGGCAGCUAUAAAAAACCAGAAAUAUUACAGAAGAAGAUCUGGAUUCCCAACUCCUCUUGAACGCUCAGGCUGUUGAGCCAGCAUCCUGCACCUGGCCUCUCGGCUGUGUUGUGGGUCUGUGUGCUGUGGGACCGUGGACUGCUGUUGCUCCACUCACCCCUGCCCAGCCCAUCUGUGCUGCCCUGGGCCCUCCUCCCCUGUGAAAGGCAGAGAGAAACUAAGAGACCUGAAAGCCUGCAUAUCUGCAACAGUUUGGGCUGCAUUUGCUAAUGGGUGAUCCUUGUUAAAACUCAGUGCCUUGACAGAGGAAGUGUAUAUUGGAAAUAGAUGAAGAAAGCUGAGGAUUAAAGGUGGACCAUACUUUUUCUGUGGGUCUACCCCCCCGCCCCCCCUUUUUUCUUUUUUAGUACUGGGGAUUGAACUUGGGUCUUUACACUUGCAAGGCAGGUGGCAGAACCACUGAGCUAAAUCCCUGGCACUACCCCUUAUUUUUCUUAUGUUCUGUGAGCAGACUGGGCUCACACCCUUCCCCAGCCCCCCUGCCCCGCUGGUCUCCCCACUACUGUUGUGCACCUUUCAGUGGACAUUGGCAGCCUCCACCCACUUCCUCUCCCCCUUUGAUGUUUCUGCGUCUUCCUCCUCAGUGCUCUGCACUCUCUGCUUGCCUGAAUCCCAUCCUUGUGAGGCCUUGCACCACGGCCAGGGGCUUGGUAAGCACUGGUAUUUCUCUGUGAAUAGAAGACCCAAGGCUCAAGGGCACAAUUGGGAAGAGCCCCGGGCCUAGGAGCCGCAAGGCACAACCCAGAGCUGAGCUUGGAUACCAACUCACUGUGUGAUUCUGUUCAAGUGAGUUCCCCUAGCUCGGAGUCCCUGUUGUAGAACGAGGGCCUUAGUGGCAGAGGUAGAUCGUUUGUACAGACCCUUUGCCUCUGAGCCCACCUGAAGGCAGAGCCUGUGCGGAUGGCUCUGAGGAAGGAAGAGGACCUUCCUGAGGUGGAAGAUGGCUCCAGGGGAAAGGAAGCUAGCUGCCUUGGUAGUCUGUCUUCAUCAAUCCCGGCUUCUCUUGGCCUCCUGCAGCUCUAGAGUUUUGGAAAGAGGACAGCGCAGGCUGGCUCCUCCUCUAGAAUUCCAGGCAGGCUGGCUUCUGGGGGAAAUGGUGAGGUGGAGGUGGGGAAGGACAAGCUGGGAUGAGCACUGACUACC